AAAUACUUAAAGAAAAAUAGAUCAAAUAAUAAACAAUAGGUUUGUCCUUCGUUUUUCAUAUGAAAGGCAAGAAAAAUGGCUAAAAAUAAAGAACCUAGCAACCAUAAGCUAAGGGUUCAAAAGUAUCUCUCUGCUUUGAUAAUUUUCAACUGAAAAAGUUUUAUAUUGAAGAUCUGAUUCAUUUGAUUCGUCCUUUAAUACUUAGCAAAGUAGCAUCAAUCAUAAUGAUUAUAAUUAGUAGAUUAACCAUAUUAUCCUUUAUUUAUAAAGAUGAAAGUUACUACUCUAAUGGUCCUUAUUUAUGGCAAAAAUAAAACGAGCAGCGACUUUAAAGUAUAGCUAAUUAUACAUAGUAUUUAUAAGUAUUUCCAUUAAUUGAUUAAUACUUCUAAAAUAUGAAUCCUUAUUAUUCUACUAUCUUUGUAUCUUUUACUUUGAAUAUUUUGUUUAUAAGCGCUUUGGUACUUUCAUUCUUUAUAAGAAAUUUAGAAAUCAGACAUAUUAAAUUAUAAUUGUAAAUUUUCUGCUAGUUCUACACAACAAUUUACAAUCAAUGGCUAUUUUACGUGUCUUUAAACUCUGUAUUUAAACUAAUAUCACUGAAAAAUUCAGAAUAUCCUGCCUAUUUUAUUGCUAUUUCUUACUUAAAUAUCUUAUUGACUAUUGGAAUCGGAUUCUUAAUUGAAACACAUGACUUUAGUUGUUCUUUUAAGGAAGAAAGUAACUACUUGGCAAAGUAGUCUGACAAUACCUUUUUACUGCUACUAGCCUUGAGGGCUAUUUUAGUUAUUUUAAACUCUUUUACAAGCCAUAAAAUUAUUGUAUUAUACUCUACGCUAUAUUUUAUCAUUGAAACUCUUUUCAUUUUGAUGAAAGACUAUUAUUUAUCAGAUCAUAUAAAUCAAAUUUAUUCUUGUCUCUCAGCUGCGUCACUUUAAAUUUGCAUUUGCUUUUUAGUGGAAAAUUUUAUUUUUUAAUAAUCAGAUAUUAUCUUGAUUAGUAUAGUUACAGUACCUAUUUCUACUAUUUUUGUUUUAGAGUACAAUAAAAACAAAAAUGAGCAAUUAUUUCAAAUAUUUUUAAAUAUUGAGUCUCUAUAUGAGUGUAAAACUUACUAAUUUUUAAAAAUAAUAAGGCUGAUUAUCCAUUAGUCUAAGCUAUGCUAAAAUCAUUAUUUGUAUAAAGGAUAAGGAAUUAACUACUAAGCAAUUAUUUAGGUCCAUGAACUUUAAUGCGUUUCAAAUGAUAAAUCAUGCUUUUGUUAUUUGUAUAGAGCUCCUGAUACGUAAGAUGGACUUUUACUUCAAGAACUCUCUGAAAGACAUUUUAGAAAAGAAUAUAUUGAACAUAUAUUAUUGGAUAUUAUGGAAAAAUAUAUUUAAAAUACUAAAGGCAAGCAAGAAAAAAAAAUGAAUAUCUUGAGGUUGUCACUUUUGAAUUAUCUUUUUGAGAUAAUUAACGACCCAACGAGAGCGCUUAUCAAUCUUUAUCGCACUUAAUUCUAAUUUAUUUUGAGUAAUAAAAUAAAGGGAGCAUAUAUGUAUUACUUUUACUAGCUUAAAGAGCUUGUGAUGAAAUCUUAUUAGGAAAUACUUUUUGAGUCUAAUAUUGAAAAUCAAAAAAUAAACAUGAUUGGAGCUAUUCUCUUUGAUGAGAAAAUUAAUAUUUGUAAAAAAUAGCUAAGAGCUACUUUGAUUCAAACUGGAGAUUUCUAUGAUUUGUUAUGUGGGGAUUAUAUUCCUUUGAAACAAUUAGAAAUUAUGUCUGUGCCUUUGAUAACUCUUAAUUAAGAGCUGUAAAAUAGCUUUUUAGAACUUUUUCAAAUUAAUGCAUUUGAUUUAGAUCUUCAAUAUUUGGCUAGUGUAUUUAUCUAAGUUCUAGAUUUUUAGAGUAGAAAAAUCUCAGAUUUUCAAAAGUAGGCUCUAAAUAUUUUUAACAAAUCUUAAAAGCUUAAAAAGCUCAAAGAACAGCAAAAAAUUAAGCAAAACAAUUACUUAACUGAAAAUGUUUGUGUAGUUUUUUCAUCGUUUUUGGAAAAUGAUUAUAUAGUUAACAAAGUUUCAAACUCCUUUUUCUAGAUUUUUGGGAUUAAAGUAGAUGCUAUUCUUGGUAAAUAGUUGAACCUACUAGUACCAAAUAUCGUAAAAAGACAUCACAAUAAAAUGAUCUAUAAAUUUAUUGAUUAAGAAUCGUUAAAUAUAGUUUAAAAAGGAGAAAGACAUGCUUUUGCUCUUGACAAAAAGGGAUUUGUUUUCCCUAUUACUUUAAGAAUGAAAAUUGAAAUAUUUGAAAAUGAUAUUGGUGUCUGCGCUUUACUUUAACGAGUAAAUAAAUAAAAAUCAUAUAUUUUAUUUGAAGAGGAUGGUAAAAUCACAGAUUUUUCUAAAAAAAUAUUUAUUGAUAUUUUUCAAUCUUUGGAUCCUAAAAUAGAAAUCUUAUAAAAUGCAUUUAGCAUGAUACCUUCGCUUGAGGCAGUGAUGGAGAGUAAGUAGUUUUAUACCUAAUUUUGCAGUAUUUUAGUGAUUAAGAGAGAAUUAAUAAAAAAAUAAAAGCAGCAGAAAGAAUAAUCAUCUCCCACAAAGUCGAUUAAUAAAAGUGGUAAAAAAGCUUACUCUCAAAACGACGAUGUUUUUUUGAUUUAAUUUAAGGUUGGAGUGAACACCACCAAAAUAAAUGUAAAUAUAAAUUAUGUUGAAAUUGACUUUUACGAAAGAGAAGUAAAUGAAAUGAAAAAAAGAAGAAUAAUUUAAGACUUAAACUAUCAAUAAAUACUUAAAGAAAAGCAGUAAAGCUUAAGUAACAAUGUCUACUAGAUUCCUGAUAUGAUUAAUAACAAUUCUGAUAGACAAGCUACUUAAAUAUCUUACAACUAAGAUUAAAGCCCAACUAAGGCUAUGUAGAAAGCUUAUUUUUAAGAAGAAGAGAGCAUGAAAUCAGCUGCUUUGUUUAGUCCUCUUAGAAUUUAAAGAAGAACAAAUAAACAUAAAACAGAUUAGAACACUAGUCAUAAUUAUUAUUUGCAAGAAAAUAUUUCAAAUCUUUUGUAGCAAAAAUCUCUUUAAGAGGAUCAAAGGCCUUCUUCUUUAGUUGAAAUAUAGCUAGUUUCUUUGUAAUAAAAUAAGCAAUCAGAAGAUAAAUAAGAAAUAAAAAUGAAUAUGAUCUCAAAGCUAGAUGAAUAAAAAACUGAUGUACCUUUCUAAACUUUUAGGACCACUCAUUAACUUUAAAUCAAUACAACAUAAGAAGGUGAGAGCUUUAAAUCACCCUGCUACUAAGAUGGUAAUGAAGGUAUGCAAUCCUUUAAGAAUAUUUAAAUAGAUUAAAUGGAGAGUUUGCAAAAUUUUUCAAAAUACAAUCAGGACUUUUACUAAAACUAAGAAGCAUCAUUAAAUAAUUUAAACUCAUUUCAAAAUAAUAAUAUUAUGUUCUAAGAAAUCAGUAAUUACUUAGUUCAACCUUAAAAGGCUAUUUUCUAUAAUAACCUUAAUUAAAUUUAUGAUGAAGAGUCAGAGUCUUAUGAGUCAAGUCUAAAUGAUAACAGAAUAAAUAGAAUCAAUUCGAGAAGCACUGAUUCUCAUGAUGAAGAGAACUAAAAGAAAGAGUAAAUGAAUGAAAUUGCUAGUGUAAAUUCAAGUAAAUUCAGUUCAGUUGAGCUCAUGAAAAGGUCUAUGAUUAAAAGAAUACAAUCAAAAGUAUACACGAGAGGCUAAAAGCUUAUGAUUAUUACAGGAAUUCUAGCCUUUUUAACUUUAACUAUUGUGACUAUAAUAAUGUAUUAAGAGAAUAUUAAUAGCUUAGACUAAUUUGUUUCAUCUUUUUUGAAAAUAGAUGAUGCAAUUUACUGUUUUGUAGAUGUUAUGAAUAUAUUAGCUUUGAAUAAUUACUCAUAUAUGCUAGGGAUUAAGAAAAAUCCUUAUAUUAUUGAUAACUUAGCAAUAUAAAAAAUUGAAAAGAAAAAUGUGAAAACAAUAUCUUAUCCUAUGGUCCUUAAUGAUUAUAAACAUAAUUUAGAAUAACUUGUUUUACACAAUGACAGCGAAGAAUCUAUUAAUGAACUACAGAAUAAUCUUUUUUUAGUUUAAAAAUUCACUAUUGGCUUUUACGACGAUUAGGGAAAUUAAUUGUAUGUAGCAAACACAAAUUUUACUCAAAGUUUGCAAUACACUUUAAUGGAAUACUACUAUUCUAUUUAUAUGUAUACAGUAAUGUUUGAAGAUGCUUAAGAAAACUUUAUAUGGAAUAACCUCAUGGAAUUAAAAGAAAGGACAAGGAACUUGCAAUCAAUUGUUAACCAAUAUGUCAACACACAAUUUAAUAACAUGUACAAUGAAUAGAUAACUAUUAUCAUAUUGGUAGUUAUAAUUAGUGUUUUUAUGGUUUUGACUAUAAUUCCUUUAAGCUUCAUGAUAUAAAUGCAGAAAGAAAAAAUUAUGAAACUCUUAGGUUCAUUCCAGCCCUAGAUACUUGAAUUUCAAAUAAAACUAAUUGAAUUGGCUAUUUUUAAAAUAGAUAAUAUCCAUUUAGUUAAUGAAAUGAACAAAAGUGUUUCAGUUAGUAACAAAUCUUCCAAAAAAAACAGCAAAUAAAUAAAACUCUUGAUGGAAUUGGCUCUUGAAGGGAGAGAAGACACUUAGACUAAUUAAAGUGGCAAGUUCAAUUAAGAAGUAAAUGAUUAUAUUCCAAAAUACAUUAAUAGACAGUAAAACAAGAGAAACAGAUCUAUCGCAUCUUUUAGUAGUCUACCUAAACUUAGCUUCAAAAUCCUUUUAAUGAGUGUUGUUGCAAUAAUACUUUUAUUGAUUUAGCCAUUUCUAAACAUUAUUUAAUUUAGCCCAUUUUAAAGCGAAUCAAAGGCUACUUUAGAAGAUAGAAUUACUUUAAUCAGUAUCUAUUCUUGUUUAAUUGAAAAUUAAACUCCUCAUUAUGAAACUUUACUCAUGACAAUAUUUCAGUAAUAUCUUCCAACAGAAACUUAUUAUUACUUUUAUAUUUAGAACAUAACUGAUUAGAAUUAUUAAUCUAUUUAAUCAAUAUCCAACUUGACUUAAAGUCUGCAUAUUCCUAGAUAUAAUGAGCAGAGAUUUGAAGAAUUUUACAAAACAAUUCUUAAUGGAGACAUAUGCUCUGUAAAAGAAUCAUAUCCACAAUAUUUUAACUCAAAUGUAACUCAUGCUGAUUGUAACAGAUUAUUUGGUGGAAUGCUGAACAGAGGAUUACUUCUUUCAAUUAAAAAGGCUUUUGAUACAUUUUAAGAACUCUAUGAAAUGUAUUCAAUAACAGAUUUAGAUACGCUACUAAACGAAUGGAUUUUAUUUCAGCACUAAUACUCUUAUAUAGAUUUUUUUUAAUUUGUAAAAGUAAUAACAGAGACUGUAAAUGGAAUUAGAUAAUACUAAAAUCAGUAACUAGUUCAAUAUAAAGACUAUUUAGAAUCCAAUUUAUUCUUACUAUUUAUCAUAUAACUCAUAAUUAUAACUCUCAUAUUCUUGAUAGGAUGGACUUACCUAUUCUUUAAGUUUGAUACCCAGCUUGAACUAACAAAUAAAAUGUUUACCUUAUUCCAUAUUAGCUUACUUUAUGAAAACAACUUUAUCUAGUCUUAUUUUAAAUAAAUCAAAAUUCGUAGUAAAAAUUGAAUUGUUUGUUUGUUUAUAUUAUUUCUACCAAAAUGUAUUUUCGAGUAAAUUUAAAAAAGUUUUGUAAAUAUCAUACUUAUAAGA